AGCGGCAGCAGUAGCUGCAGCGGUGCGAACAAGCACAUAAAGCACCAGCAACAUCGUUCUUUGAACACCAUUGGCGGUGGUAGCAGCGGAACACCAACGAUCUCGGAACGAGAUAGCCCAGUUUCAACAACCAGCUCAACGUGCAGCAAUCGGGCGUCUCUGGCUGCCGAAAUGUUCGCCGAAACUGGCGAUUUUGGAAUUACACUUGCUGAGCAGCUCCAGUUGACAAAGUAA